AUGGCCCCGCGAGGACGACCACGACAAUCGCACCUCCCGCCUUUGUCGCGGGCCUCGGCGCCCGCGCCCCCCGCCGCCCCCGCCGCACGCCCUCGUCUCUCGCGGCCUCCUGUCACCUCGCAAGCACAGGAGGCCCUCCCGCCCGCGCCUCCGCCCGCGCCUCCGUCUGUCUGUCCCUCUCGCCCGGGCGUCGACGUUGCCCGCCGAGCCCGACUUGCCUCCCCUUGGGUCAGACAUCCGACCCAACGGGACCUCUGCGUCAGGUGCCCGCACACCCAUUACGGAAGCGACGCCCGAGCCGAGCAGUUCGAAGCCACGGUCGCUCUUGAUUCAUCUGCCCAGCGUCUGACCCGCACCUGCCUUAUAGCACUCCAACAGAGUGUCGUAUCUUCUGCGUCCACUGGAUCUCUGACCUCUCUCGACUCCCCAGAAAAAGGUGUCCCUGCGCCCACAGAAGACAACUCGUCGAGGGCCUUUUCUAGCCAGCGAGUAUGGGACGGAAGGACGGACGGAGGCGGCGACGUGUCCUGA